CAUUAAAAAAAAAGUAUUUUGCGUUGAACGUGUUUUUGUUUCUUAUUUGGUGUCUGAUACUAAUAAUAUACAAAUUAAUUUGUAAUAAAUUAACGUGAACAAUGAAAGUGAAAAUGAUUAGUAGAAAUCCGGACCAGUAUGUCCGCGAAACCAAAUUACAAAAUCAUAGAAUGCCACGAAAUUUCGACCCCGAACUACAUCCGAUGGAGACUGCUCGAGAAUAUGUGCGAGCGUUGAAUGCCACCAAAUUAGAACGCGUCUUUGCCAAACCAUUUAUGGGUAAUUUGAGCGGUCAUCGGGAUGGUGUUGCAUGUUUCGGAAAACACCCUAAACAACUCGCGACUCUUGCCACUGGCGCCUACGAUGGCGAGAUUCGAAUUUGGGAUUUAGCGAAUCGUACCAGUGCACGCAAUUUUGUUGCGCACGAUGGCUUUGUGCGUGGUAUUGUUUACGCGGUAAAUGGUGAACGUUUUUUUACUGUUGGCGAUGAUAAAACUAUUAAAGUAUGGAAAACCGAUGUACCGGAUGUUGGUGAAGAGGAAGAACCAGUUAAUACGAUUUUGUCACGCACAAUUCUCACUGGCAUAUCACAUCAUAGAAAUGAUCCCAUUUACGCCACUUGUGGAGAGGUUUGUGCAAUUUGGGAUGAAAACCGAAAUGAUCCAUUAAAAACCCUUAAAUGGGGUGUAGACACAUUGCACACAGUUGCGUUUAAUCAGGUUGAGACUUCUCUUCUCUCGUGCUGUGCCAGCGAUAGAAGCAUAAUACUAUAUGAUCAACGCGAGGCUCAGCCUCUAAGAAAAAUAGUAUUGACUAUGAAAAGCAACAAACUUGCGUGGAAUCCAAUGGAGGCGUUUAAUUUCACUGUUGCAAAUGAGGAUUGCAAUCUUUAUACAUUCGACACCCGUCAACUCCAAAAUCCGCUUAAGAUUCACUUUGAUCAUGUCUCUGCAGUAACAGAUGUCGCCUACUCACCUACUGGCAAGGAAUUUGUUUCGGGAAGUUAUGACAAAACAAUACGUAUAUACAAUGUGCAUCAUAGUCAUUCGCGCGAAAUUUACCACACCAAACGUAUGCAACAUGUCGUUUGCAUUGAUUGGUCUCUAGAUAAUCGUUAUAUAUUCUCUGGUUCGGAUGAAAUGAACGUUCGCAUGUGGAAGUCAAAUGCAUCGGAAAAAUUGGGUGUAAUAAGACCACGUGAGCGUGUAGCUUUCAAUUAUCAAAAUAAAUUAAAGGAAAAGUUUGCCGCUCACCCUCAAAUUAAGCGUAUUGCUCGUCAUCGUCAAGUGCCGAAACACGUGUUGAAUGCUCAACGCAAAAUGCGCGCCAUCAAGGACAAAGAGAAAGUAAAAGAGGCAAAUGUUCGCAAACACUCAAAGCCCGGAAAAGUGCCGUAUGUGUCAGAAAAGACGAAGCCGGUGUUACGCGAAGAAGUAUAAGCAUUAAAAUAUGUAUUGUAUUAUUUUUUUAUAAUGCAAAAACGAAUGUCUUUAUCAUAUGCAAAAAAAUUUUUCCAUAUUCAAGUAUACGUAGCUAUACUACAUAGUAACUCCGGGCGCGAUUUAUAUUUAAUUGUAUUUAAAAAUAAAAAAAUGAAGAGAAUUUAUUUAA